AUGCGUGCAGGAACCCUUCUACGCCAGCUCUUCCGUGAAGGCGAUCUGGCCCUCUGCCGCCCUCUUCGAAGCCUCAACCUGCCGAUCCUCCUUCUGCCUUUGAUCAAAGAUAAGAUUGUACACACCCACAACGGGAGCUUGUCUCAUAACGAGAUCAUUGGACAGCCAAAACGCAUGUACUUGUCGUUUGCCAAGGGUAAGCUUUCAGAUGAUCCUGCUGCCAACAAAUUUGUGGUGACCGAACCUACUUUAGACGAGUACGUUGCCUUAGCUAGACGAAGAGCUCAACCUAUAUAUGCUAUGGACGCCGCUGUCGUGGCUCUGUUGGGGGACAUAGAUGUUACAGAGCCGAUUACCGGAGCCAAUGAAGGCUCUUUAAAACGAUACUUGGAGGCUGGCACGGGCAAUGGGUCGCUCACGUUGGCGAUAUGCCAGCUUCUACAUGGAGCGAAUGCGCUCGCCAGACACUUUGACGACACCUCACUUCGAGGGGCACUUUUACACUCAAUUGAUAGAAACAAGACUCAUCAGGAGAACGGGAUUGCAAAUGUGUCUGGUUACAAACGUGGAAGGUACUUGGGAGAUGUGGAGUUUGAAUUGGCAGAGCUGCCGCUGGAGUGGGUGCAAAAGUUUCCUGGGGAGCUCAUUCUACACGGAGUGUUUCUCGAUUUACCCGACCCACACCUCUACUUGGCUGAUCUAUCGAAGGUGUUGGCACUUGAAGGCACAAUUGUGGUAUUUUGUCCCUCGAUAACGCAGUUGCUCAAAUGCAAGCAGAAACUAGUGCCGGGUCCGAACGAAGAGAAGGUAGAUUUGUCAUUGAUUCGAGCUUUGGAGCUUCCUCCCGGAAAUGGAGGAGGAACGAGAGAAUGGGAUGUUUCGUCGGUCGUCACGAAAGCUACUGGUGAAAGAGUUGAUGUUUGUCGUCCCAAAGUUGGUGAGAGGGUAGUUGGUGGUGGAUUUGUGGGUGUUUUUAAGCGCAAAUCAGUCGAUGGAAUGUUAUAUUAG